AUGACUAAAAACACAACUCUCUUCUUAAUCAUUACAUUAAUCUUUAGCUUGUUUUCCUCUUCAAUUGGAGCGACAGCAUCUUGGCCACAACAUGUAGCACGUGCAAGUUAUAGAACGUCGAACACUUCUCUUUUCGGCGAGUUCACUUUUAGUCAACUUCCAGAGCAAACCACUCGUCUUCUCGGACAGAUCAACUCCGGACUCUAUAGUAAAAAUACUACCGUCUACAAAUUCUUAAUUACUGCCAAUCAAAAUAGAACUAAUGUAAUCAAGGUUUUGAAUCCAAAAUUCAAUGUUAAUGCGCCACCGGGAGGCUCUUCUGCUAUCCAAUUGGACAUUUCAGAUAUCGCACUUCAACCUAAUUUAACUCUUAAAAAUGGACCGGGUAUCGCGACGGAUGUUCAUAACCGAUUCCUUAGCAUUUUUAAUAACAAUACUUUGUUGGGCAGUGCUCAAAUUCUUAUUGUACAAUAA